UAGGAAAUAAUCAUGUUUGUGAGAUGUACAUGAAGUAUCUUGAUUGUGAACUCAUAAUUAUGGAUCUCCCUACAUUGCUGUGUUAAAACACACCGCAUGCCUCCUAACCAAGCAUGACCGACCAUCGAUCGUUAUCCCACAUUCGUUCCAACUCCCCUCCAGACGCUGGUGUAUCACCGUAUCUUCAUAAUGUCUCCUCCACCCGGCCCCGGAUCCAAUGUCCACAUUGCACCAGAUGUCCCCGAAGGAGUUGAUGAAGCCGAGCUGAUCCUCUCCCAACCCAUCCAAGGCGUCGACGACCCCGCCGACAGCGCGCCACUCGACACUGUCGAACAACAACGCGAACACCAAGACUCUCCCGCUCCUAGUCCCUUAGCGCAUCAAGAUGGAGUAUCUUUGGGCCCGCGACCUGGGAUGCGCCGGAAUCAAUCCGUCCCAGCACCGCAUCAGCCACCACCUCCACCCCCGCCGCAGCCAGUCGAGCGACAUGCAGGCAAUACGCCGAUCACGACGCCCGAUACUAGCUCGCUGUCCCUCCAGCAGCUGCGGAACCUCGUUGCGGAGUUUCCAAAGAUCGAGGUGACACCGUACGCAUUCAUAUAUUCCGACGCGGCAUCCUUGCCGGAAGAGAUCGAGGAGUGGUUCUCGUACGGCACGGAGGAAUCCGACAUGUUGCUGAGGGCGGAGACGGCGUUCAUGCAUGAUUGGAAGGAACAUAAUGGGAGCGUGCAGGUCAAUGGGUUUGAGUAUGAACUUGGGGCGCGCAAUUGGACGAGCUCAAGUCCGGCGAAGAGGCUGGGAUUCCUGGAGAAGAUUAUGCAGAAGUUGAAGCGCGUGGAGGGGGAUAUCGAGAAGCUGUUUGGACUGGCGGAUCUGGACACGCUUCUUUACCUAGUAUUGGGCUGCUGGCAUGAGACUGCUGGACUACAGAGGAGCGGGGAUUCAUCUCCUUCGGAUGAGAAGCGAAAGUUCAUGGGUCCCAGCCAGACGUUCGCUAAGUCUACCGUUCAGAUUGAUUGGAUUAAAGCGAACGUUCAAAUGCUCUUGGAUGUGGAAGGACUCCAAACAGUCUUCGAAAUUUCCCGGAACGCGCUGUUGCGGUGCUGCGCAAUUGAUCCGAACGAGCAGUCUGCGGCGUCCAACGAAAAGAAGGAGGAACUACAUCGCAUUGCCCGGAGCACCAUGACAAUCCUUUAUGUGAGCCUGGGGGUCAUCCGAUCAGAUGAUGAUCCGGAUGAAAAAUUGCGCAAGAGAAGGAAGCUACUCAACCUCCAGCCGAAUCUCCUCGAUUUCCUUGUCCAUAUCAUCGACAAGAUCAGAUGGGACGACUCCCUGGAUCUUCCUCUAAAUAAGAUCCUCAUCCUGACAUGGAAGUCCGUCCUAGUCACCUUCGGCGGCUUAGGACGCGUCGAGGCCGCCAAGCGAACUUUCCGCAACCCUACUGCCGACGACACGGAUGGUCGAGGUCAACCUCUCAUCACCGCCUCUCCGCUCGACUACCAUCUCUUCCGACAAGAAAUCAGCUCCAAAUAUCCCGCCUACAAUCCCCCUCCGCCCCUCUUCCCUCUCGAACCCGACAACAACUCCAUUCUCCCACCCCUCAAAGCCUCGCACAGCAAAUUCACCGCCGGCGUCUCCACCACCACCAACAAUGCCGGCGGUGCCUCCAUCCUCCACCAGCCUGUGCACAUCGCGACGCCCGCGCCAUCGCCUCCACCCUCCCCCGCCGGUCCAGGUGGGAAGGGCGGGAAGAAGCAGAAUUACCAAACCAACCAACUGUUCCCCUUCCUGUACCCGCCACUCGACGAGAUGAGCAACCAGCUCGGCGGGAAGGGCAGCACGGGUCUACAAGAUGCGCUGGUUGGGCGGAGGUGGGAAGGAUCGGACAUCCCUGCGUCGAUUUUGGAGGCGGCGGAGUUGUUCGCGAAGCGGAUGCGGGCGACGAGAGCGAUGAAGCAGCUUUGGGAGGAGCGGGUGGCGUUCAUGAAGUAUGAGCGGGGCUGGAAAGGGUUGAGUGAUGACGAUGUUGAUGUGGAGAAGUUGAAUUUGGAAGAUGAUGGAAAUGCCGAGGCGGAAAGCAAAGGUCCGGAGAAAAAGGUCUAUGAGGAUGGGAGUGUGGAGGAGAGGUUGGAGCUGGUGGAACGUUUCUACCGAGAUAAUCUGCCCUGCCUGCAAUCCUUGGUGAUGGUCCUUUUGAAGGUCAUCCUUACCAAUGUUACGGCUCUAAUUACGCAGGUCAACGGGCAAAAUGGCAUGGAGAAUGGAACCGUUGCGAACGGCCUGCAUCCGGACACUGCUUCGUCCUCGAACGAGGAAUUAGACGCGGUUCGCUCCCAGGAAAUCACUGCCAAAGCCGUUUCUGGCAUUCUUAUUCUAUUGUUGAAAUGGUUCAAAGUUUCCCGUAAGCUGAUCUUGCUUCUACGUACUAUUAUAACGCUGACUCGCGUUGGUGUAGACGUUUUGAAGGCCGAAUACAUGACGCAGCUGCUUGUUGACGCGAACUAUAUACCCAUGAUUUUGAAGCUAAUGCAAACGCAAGAGGUUGAGCGCAUUGUGAAUUAUAAAUGCGAAAGGGAAGAUUUGAAUUUCUUUCAAGGUUGCCUGCAGCGUUCCCAGCACGGCGGUGACCAUACCCAAGAAGAACACGACGACGACGAUAGCGACGAAGCCUGUCCUCCACCGGUGAUCAAACGCCGUCGAGAAGAUCAAGACCAUCCGAUUGCUCACGACCCGCAACAUCCGUCCGUCCAACAUCCUCCCGAAGUGGACGAAAUGGGAGUCCCCACCACCGAACUACCCGCCGAGCCCAUCACCAACUUCUCCUGGCGCAACUUUUUCUCCAGCAUCAAUUUUCUACGCAUCCUUCAAAAGAUGUGCAAAAACAAAGCCCAUCGAAACCUUCUUCUAGUCUCGUAUAAAUCCUCUCAAUUCCUCCGCAAAUCGCUGAAAGUCCCGCAACCGGAGCUUCGCCUCUACACGCUCAAGCUCUUCAAAAACCAGGUGCCAUACUGUGGGAGGAAAUGGCGGCAGACGAAUAUGCGCGUCAUAACUGCGGUCUACCUGCACUGUCGACCGGAGCUCCGCGAUGAUUGGCUUGCGGGUAGCGAUCUUGACGCCGAGGUCGACCAGAGUCUCCCCCUGGAGCAGGCGUUACGGGCGCUCACGCACUGGCAUAACUUGAGGCGAUACCCAGAGAAGAUGGGGGCGACGGAGGGCCUGCUGGAGGAGGAGCAGGACUUUUUCGUCCGGGAGCUGGAGAAGAUGGACUGGCCGGAGGAAAUGCCUGACGAUGGAGAGGCAUGGGAGGAAGGGUAUCCUAUGAAUGCAUGGUGACAGGAGAACCGGGGCUGGAGAUAUAGGUUCUAAUUUCUAGUACAGGUCUGAUGGGCUUUGGCAUUCGAAGCCUACCAACCUGGAAGGAGGAACAUUCUCGAAGAUACUGGGCCGUGUAGGGCGUAGGUGCCUAGCAUUUGGACAUAGAAGAUACUCUCACAGAAACGCAUCGAGGAUUCUGGAGCAUGAAGUCCUUCGUCCGAGAACUCCUAUAAGACUCCACACCGCACAUCAUAAACACAGUGAAAACAAGAUCAUUGGCAAUAUAAUUCAACUAUACCAUUCGGUUGAUCGGAUGGUUCGAGGACACUGGGG